CCAAAAAAGAGGAAAAUAAAAAAAAAUGGGGACCUCAAACUCUUCGAUAUCUCUGAUUGAUUAUAAUUUUUAAUGUAAUGUCUUACGAUCUUCUUUAGUCAUAAAUACCUCAUGUACUGUUUGUCGCAAAGAAAUUACACAAUUUUCCAAAGAUUUAUGCACAGCCGAGGUAUGGAGGAUCUGUGCCGGGUUUUCCGUUCUGAUUUGAGGAAGCUUUUGAAAUUUGUGCUUAUGAUCGACAUUGAUGAAUCUUCUGUGCCCUGAUUAAGCCCAGUUGCAGAGUCCACAGAACAAGAAGCGUUCGUCCCUGCUGCUUGACAAGUUCGUUCUCCAGAGCCCAUCCCAAGUUCCCUGGCAAAGAGGUUACUCCCAGCAAUAUCCGAACCAGGAUAUGGCCAAUUCAAGUGGUAGCCAAGGGACAAAUGUCAUACAGAAUCAUAAUUUCUCUGGUGGAAUGCAUUCUUGGCAUCCCAUUUGCUGUGAAAGCUGGGUGGUCUCUGCAGAGUCGGGUGAUUGCUAUGCUGUGGUUACUAAUAGAAAAGAAUGCUGGCAAGGGUUGGGACAAGACAUCACAAGCAGGCUUUCUCCAGGUUCCACUUAUUCUGUAUCUGCCUGUGUUGGAGUGUCGGGGUAUCUUCAAGGCUCUGCUGAUGUCUUGGCAACUCUGAGGCUAGAACACCAAGAUUCUGCAACUACAUAUAAGCGCAUUGGAAUAACUUCUGUAUCAAAAGAGAGGUGGGACAAGGUGGAGGGCUCAUUUUCAUUGUCAUGUGUGCCAAACCGAGUUGUCUUUUACCUUGAAGGGCCUUCUCCUGGAAUAGACUUACUUAUAAAAUCAGUAGUGAUAACUUGUCUAAGUGCAAAUGGAAGAGAGAGAGUGGACAGGGGAUGCAUAGCUGCUGAUGAUGAGAACAUUAUCCUCAAUCCCGUAUUUGAUGAUGGAUUGAACAAUUGGGCUGGGAGAGGUUGCAAGAUCGUCCUAGAGGACUCUAUGGCUGAUGGGAAGAUAGUGCCACAGUCUGGGAGGUACUUUGCAUCUGCAACAGGGCGUACCCAGACCUGGAAUGGGAUUCAGCAAGAAGUUACUGGAAGGCUGCAAAGAAAACUUGCUUAUGAGGUCACUGCACUAGUUCGUAUAUUUGGUAACAAUGUAAGCAACACUGGCAUACAGCUCACACUGUGGACCCAAAUGCCAGAUCUCCGUGAGCAGUACUUAGGCAUAGCCAAAGUGCAAGCAACAGACAAGGAUUGGACACAGAUGCAGGGGAAGUUUCUCUUGAAUGGUUCCCCGUCAAAAAUUAUCAUCUCCAUAGCAGGUCCCCCUGCAGGUACUGAUAUUCUUGUGGAUAGCUUAACAGUUAAGCAUGCGGCAAAAGCUGCUCCUUCUCCUCCACCAAUUAUCAAGAAUCCUGCGUUUGGAAUCAAUAUACUGGAGAACAGUGACCUAAAAAAUGGGACUAAUGGGUGGUUUCCCCUUGGUAACUGCACUUUGAGCAUUCGAACUGGUUCGCCACAUAUUCUUCCCCCAUUGGCAAGGGAAUCGCUUGAACCUCAUGAACCUUUGAGUGGCCGUUACAUCCUUGUGACAAAUCGCACUCAGACUUGGAUGGGCCCUGCUCAGGUGAUCACUAAUAAGCUCAAACUCUUUUUGACAUAUCAAGUUUCUUCUUGGGUCCGGAUAGGUUCUGGUGCAAGUGCUCCUCAAAAUAUUAAAGUUGCACUUAAUGUGGACGACCAAUGGGUCAAUGGUGGGCAAGUCGAGGCUAAUGAUGACAGAUGGUAUGAACUUAGCGGUUCAUUCAGAAUCGAAAAGCAACCCUCAAAGGUCAUGGUCUACAUCCAGGGUCCUGCUUCAGGUGUCGACUUGAUGGUUGCAGGGUUUCAAAUUUUCCCUGUUGAUCGACAUGCAAGGUUUAAGCAUUUGAAAAAGCAGACUGAUAAGCUCCGUAAGCGCGAUGUUGUCCUGAAGUUUUCAGGUGUUGAUUCAAGCAGCUUGCUUGGUGCUACCGUGAUCGUCAAACAGAUAAAAGGUAGUUUUCCUUUUGGCUCCUGCAUAAGCAGAACGAACAUAGACAAUGAAGAUUAUGUUGAUUUCUUCAUAAAGAACUUCAACUGGGCUGUUUUUGAGAAUGAAUUGAAGUGGAACUGCACGGAGCCACAACAGGGAAAAUUUAACUACCGGGAUGCCGAUGAGUUGCUUGAUUUGUGUAAGAGCCACGGUAUUGAAACCAGAGGCCACUGUAUCUUCUGGGAAGUGGAGAGCACGGUUCAAUCGUGGGUCCGAUCCCUCAACAACAACGACUUGAUGAGCGCUGUUCAAAACCGUUUAAAGGGGCUCCUUUCUCGCUACAAGGGCAGGUUCAAUCACUAUGAUGUGAACAACGAGAUGCUGCAUGGAUCAUUCUUUCGAGAUAGAUUAGGAAAUGAUAUCCGAGCGAAUAUGUUUAGGACUGCACACCAACUAGAUCCAUCAGCCACACUAUUUGUGAAUGAUUAUCAUGUGGAAAUUGGGAUCGAUCCCAAAUCAUCCCCAGAGAGCUACAUAGAACAGAUCCUUGAUCUACAGGAGCAAGGUGCACCGGUUGGCGGAAUCGGGAUUCAAGGGCAUAUAGAUAGUCCAGUGGGACCAAUCAUUAGUUCAGCUCUGGAUAAGCUGGGCAUCCUCGGCCUUCCAAUCUGGUUCACCGAGCUUGAUGUGUCCUCUGCUAACCAGCACGUAAGAGCUGAUGAUCUGGAGGUCAUGCUUCGAGAAGCAUUUGCUCAUGCUGCAGUGGAUGGGAUAGUGCUGUGGGGAUUCUGGGAGCUGUUAAUGUUCCGAAGCAACGCGCACCUGGUCAAUGCGGAGGGGGACGUCAAUGAAGCUGGCAAGAGAUACCUCGCUCUUAGGAAAGAGUGGUCGUCUCAUGCUCACGGACAUGUCGAUGAGCAAGGCGAGUUCGCGUUUAGAGGCUUUCACGGGACAUACGACGUCGAGAUCGUCACCGCUUCUAAACGGACUACGAAGAGCAUUGUCGUUGAUAAGGGCGAGUCCCCACUCGUCGUGUCUGUAAGUCUUUCGAGUCGCACGUGAGUGUUGCAACUGAAUAUUGUCGUUGAUCAUGUUCUUUCCGACAUUCUUAGCCAAAUUGCACGAUGCAAGGCGGUGCAUGACUGUCCAUAGCAUAGUUUGCAAAGGGAUCGAUUCAUAUCUUCAUUGUAAUUUCAAAACCAAAAGAUAAGAUGUGGUUGCUGCCUACUGAGAAUCUGACUGACCCUUCGAAUGAGUUGUAAAUUUUCGUUUCUGUUCA